AAAUUACUAAUGAAAUGGAUGUCAAAUCGGAAGUUAACAAAAGGAUUAUUGAAUGUACAAAAGGGGUGUUAAAAGGGGAUCAACCGAUAGAUAUCAAUGAGACAUGUCUUCAGUUGUGUCACAAAUAUUUGGCCGGAAUUUGGUCUCAACUGACUUUCGAUGACAUACGUAUCACUCGUAUUACUGGUGGCGCUACUAAUCAGAUAUAUUUGUGUCAAAUCAUUGAUACAAAAAGAUCAUCAGCUGAAGAAAUAGAGCCAAUAGAAGUGAUAAUUAGAUUGAAUGGAUUUAAGUAUGAUUUUAAAAACUUUGAUCCCAAGAAUCCGCGUUUCAAUGACGGCAUUAUCACAAAUCUGGUCUCUGAAUCCGGAUUAGGACCACAACUGUAUGGACUCGACCCCAGCGGACAACUGCUUCGGUAUUAUAAACACCGAAGAUUUGAAAUUAAAGAUUUCAAAGACAAUGAUUUAAUGGACAAAUUGGCGAAAUCAUUGGCCCGAUUGCAUGGCCUGAAGGCACCCAUACCUCGCCAUAAGGACUGGUUGUUACGCAUCGCUAACGAGGCCUCACGUCUGGCCCACUAUAACAAGCGCUCGACCAUCACUUCCCGGGAGAUCCAGACCGCUGUCCGCCUCCUAUUGCCGGGAGAGUCGGCCAAACACGCCGUCUCUGAGGGCACCAAAGCUGUCACCAAAUAUACUUCCAUUGGGGCCACAGGAGCCGGACGUCAACGACAAGACGCCUUCAAACUGGGCCUUAGGGUCGACGUCAGCACGAUAACUGAAUGGUUCCGUGAAAUGCAGUGUUUGAGCGAUGAAUGCAUUGAUAACUCAUUCAACCAAAUGAUCAGAUUUGUCAACGCAUUGGCCGUAAUCUUCACCACAACUAUACAUAUUAAAAUCAAAGCUUGU